AUGCGUGCAGGGAGUGUAAGUGCUAUGGUUGUUGUUGCAGAUGAGAACGAGCCGUCCCAGUGGCUGGCCUGCCUUAGCGAGGGAGUGGGCGCGCCUUCCGGAGAAGCCAUGUGGCUGCUGGACCUGCCACAGCCCGCGCUCACGCACCACGACUGCGAGAAGCUGCUGUGCUUCCGCUACUACAGCGGGCUGAACCUGUCGUGCCUGGCGCAGUCGGAGCCGCUAUCGGCCAAGCGGUCCCCGCGGCGGCACGCCGUGGCCAGCCUGCGCCGGCCGCCGCCCGCUGCCGCCCCCGCUGGCAGCUCGGAGAGCGACUCGGAGCCGGAGGCGGCGGCGAGGCGCCUGCGCGCCCACCACCCCAGGGCCGCCCCCGCAGCCGCGGCCUCCACCUCCGGCGGGCUGCCCAAGCGCAAGGCGCAUCACCACCGACGCGCCUCACCGCAGCAGCUGACUCAGCGGCACCUGAUGAAUGGGUACCCUGCUCCAGAUGACGAGUCCGACAGCUCGGACACAGCAGCCCUGCUACCCCCUGGUGAAAGCAGUCGAUCUACUUCACAUGUGCUACAUACGUGGAACUCUCAUGAAGGUGCUGUGGCGAGAAGGCUGCUGGAUCUGGCUCCUGUUCCGCAGCCACUGCCUUCUGCUGUCGUGCCUCCAUCUCACAGUGAACCAUCACUUCCUAGUGGUGCAAAUGUGGAAUACUAUCCAAUAUGGACCAAACCUACAGUUCCUGCUGUCAGUGGUAGUGGCUCAGUAUAUGAAACUCUUUACCCACGCACAGAACCGCCUCCUCCACCACUGCCACCUCGCGCAUUUCCCCCACAAAAUGGUUGUUCGAAGCAUCACCGUCCACUAGAGAGAAUGUGCGCCUUACCGUAUCCUGGAGCGGGCCCUGGGUCGGAUCCACCAGAAGUGCCACGUCACAACAAACCUAAGACGGCCAGACACACAGCUCCUAGUCUGCCUCCUAAACCUAAGAAGAUUGUUAACCCAGAAGACACUUUUGCUUUUGAGAUUGUUGACACAGAUGAGCUUAAUCCUACAGUGACAGCUGUUACGUCGUGUUCUAGUCAUAAAAAUGCACAACCUGUUUCGUGUUACAAUGGACACAGUGCUAGUGGACCAUUGACAAACAGUGAACGUGCUGUUUCUGUACGCAGUGUUGAUGAAGCCCAGCCGGUGAGACAAUCAGAUAUUCCUGUAGAGGAGGCUAAAAGUGAUAGUAGUGAUGCUUGCAGAGGAAAGUUUCCUCCUACUAUAAACUCGAGAGUUGGUGAUACUGCACCUGCCCAGGGUGAAGUCAGUGGUUCGGCACAGUCUGAUUUACAGAGAUCUCACAGACAUGAUGCUUUUCAUUUGGAUAGUGAAGGUGUAACUGGAGUUUCUAGCAAGAGGCCAACACAGCUGGCUGUAAAUGGGUGUGUGGGAGAUACUAAUAAUGAUAAUGAAGGGCAGACUUCAGCUGUUGCUGCACCAUUGGCUACCCCUGAGCAGGACAGCAGUUUAGUAGACAGUUCCUCAGUUGAAAAUUUGCUUGAUGAGGAUGCAGAAGAAGAAGAGGAAGAUUCAGUUUUUUUACCACAGGUCAAAAUACCAAAGUGCUAG